AUGCGUCCGAAAGAAUACUCAGCGCAGCCUGGUUCAUCCUUGCGAGAACACAUAAUUGUCGAUGACUUAACCAGCAGAGGAACCACUCAACCAAAGAAAAGCUUCUCCUCAGUCACACCUCUAGAGCACCCUUCUAAGGACCCCGCUCACUCCCCACAAGAUCCCAAGACCGUCGAUACGAUCUACAAGAUCGUCUACUCGGAUCGCCACGAGUACUCACUGAACGGAAACGUGUACAUCAGAUACGACGUGCCACCCGAAAGAGACAGCACUGGAUGGUUCUGCAUCGUCGCCUUCCAUUGGCAGGAUGUCCAGGCCGAGUUCGAGUGCGUCUACCACCCAUCGAUCAAGCUCUUCGACGACUUCAAACCGGUCGGAGGCAGCUUGAGGGGAGGCAGUGGAGGCGUUCAGAGCGUGCGGAUCUCGAUGUGGAACUUCGCAGACCGAGGUCCCGAUCUCAACGCCAAACACACGGUGAAGGACGACAACGAGAACAGGAUCAUGCUUGCGGUCAUGGUUGUGGGAGAUGGGUCAGCUGUGAGGCUGUAUGGGAAGAUGGUGAGGGGCGGGGAGGACGAGAAUGAGGUCUGGCUGUCCGAGGAUGAGCGUGGGAGGUUGGGGCUGCGUUCGUGA